UGGGCAUGCGUAAAGCCGGCGUAAACGAACAUAUUUCGUUUCCGUUUGUAUACAAAGGAGAAGCCGCCAAGGAUUUAUUAAAGCAAUCAAACAUCAUCCUGCUUAAAAAUGACGGCCCUAUUGGCGAAACCGAAGAGUGAGAUGACCCCAGAAGAACUGUCUCAACGUGAGCAAGAAGAAUUUAACACGGGUCCACUGUCUGUCUUAACCCAGUCUGUCAAAAACAACACUCAGGUUCUGAUCAACUGUAGAAACAACAAGAAGUUGCUCGCCAGGGUCAAAGCUUUCGACAGGCAUUGUAAUAUGGUCUUAGAAAAUGUGAAAGAAAUGUGGACAGAAGUUCCUAAAACAGGCAAAGGAAAGAAAAAGUCCAAACCUGUGAACAAAGACAGAUAUAUCUCCAAAAUGUUCCUCCGAGGUGACUCUGUGAUUCUAAUUCUGAGGAAUCCCAUGGCAACAGCAAAAUAAACGGAAUAUGUGGCCCCCCGGGGGUGAAGUAACAAGUACUGUCGGUGUGAACCUCAGACCAGUGUUAGUUACUGGGAUAAAACAGCCUGGCUACUGCCACAGCAGGAGAACACAAAGACUGUCCUAAGCUUGAUAACAUUAUCCAGGCUCUACUUCAGAAGUUUUAUAUAUAUGUGUACAUAGACAUGUUUUUAUUGAAAUGUUGUUAAAUGUAUUUGUAAAAUUAUGUGUGCUACAUGAAAAUCAGAAAGUUCCAUUUUUCAUACAAUGUCAGUAAAUCAUCAUAAACUUAUUAAAAAAAAGUUGUAAUUUCAUUAUUUCAUACAUAAAUCUUUGACUUGGU